UAAGUUUUAGGUAAGGUGACUACUGAUAACAAUUGAUGUCAUAGUGGAAAGUCGCUUAAUUUACGGUUGAAUCAUUCCCGUGUUUUAUUUAAAGAAAAUGGACGCGUUAAGGUUCUCUGCUGUGUGCACCAUUUGUUCGUAUUUAUUGUAUUUCGAAGUAGUGGAUGGAAUUAGUUUCAAACAGAUGGUGGACAAGUGUGGGUCUCGCAUCACUGCGUCCGGCGAACACCAGCUGUCGCUGUACUUCUCUGGCAGCCGGGAAUGUGAGGUUACAAUAGGAACAACCAGCACAUUUCCAUGGAUAAUGUUUUACUUCCAGAGUUUUACAGUGGGCUGCAACGCCGGGAGUGUCAGUAUUAGAAAUGAAUAUGGACUACCACCAAACGGCUUAGCAAGAUAUCUCUGUAAUUACGUGUCGACCAGCGAAGUCUACACAAACAAUGGUGAUAUCAAGAUAAAAUUCACACCAAAAACGGGAUGGUCAUAUGGUGGUUUCACUUUAAUACUUACGCUGUUUUCAGAUUCAGAUUCGUGUCCAAUCUGGGGCCACGUAUGUGACAACGGGCGAUGUAUCGACGCGGGUUUGAAAUGCAAUGGCUACAAUACUUGCGGCGACAACUCUGGGUGUUGGAUCGAUCACAAAUUUGAUUACCGGUACAGCGGUUCUUCCACCGUAAAACUAGGUGUAGGUGUUGCCGUCGGUGUCGUUAUUCUCAUCAUGGUCACAGUCACUAUCAUCUGUUGUAGAAGAAGACACGCGCAGCGUAUUCCGGCCUCGGCGUCUACGAUGCAAGUCGUUUAUGCAAUACGCGCCGAUCCUGGCCGGUUUAACCAAGGGAUCACUCAUAGUAUGUAUGACAUAUGGAUGCAACAAACAGCAGCUAAUGCUCCACAGACACCCUCCGUGUUUGGCCAACAACCACCACCGUACGAUCCACAAUGGGUUCCCAAAGACAUUAAACAAGCAGACCAAGAAGCUAAUGGGAACUUUGGGAGUGUACAAAUACAUGCUCAAAAUGUCACAGAAACAGGCCAACCGAGCACACGAGAAGACGUCCAUGUUUAUGACAAUAUAGCUGCUGAACGGUCUGACGAUCGCAACUACAGUACGAUUGAUGAGGCCAUCGUGGAUGCAAAUCAACGUUAUUGAUUAUGCACGACCUUGAACUCAUGCUUAUCUAACACCUAGCUUUCAAUUGGGCUUUUGUAUUUAAAAAAACAUGCAUAUAUUCUUUCUUUGUGAGAUCUGGACGUAACAUGUUGUUUGAUUUGUUUAAAAUACAUAUCUCAAUGUUUAACAUUGAUUGCCAACUUUGCAAUGAGAUUUGAACAACGCUACACAUGUCUACACGAUAUUGUAUAAUUAAAUUGAUUAAAAGGAUUUAAUAACGCUCCCAAAAUUUAACUUUAACACUCAUGCACGACAUGCUUAUGCUUGACUAACGCCUAGCUUACAAUUGGGUUUUUGAAUUAAAGUGGUCAAAAACGCAUGCAUAUAUACUUACUUAGUGCGAUCUGGAAAUUACGUGUUUUGUGAUUUAUUUAAAUUAAAUAUAUCAAUGUUUAACAUUGAUGAAUAA